UCUUCCUCUCAUCUUAAGACUUCAGAGCCUGAGAGAUUUGCAAAAAUGGCCAUAGAGUUGUUGGGCUAUUCGCAAAUAAAUGAGCAAUUAGCUCUACAAGAAGCAGCUUCAGCCGGUUUAAAUUCCAUGGAUCAUUUAAUCCGGUUCGUUUCACAUCAACAGCAGAAAAACCAACCAGUUCAGCCCGAUUGUAGACAACUCGCCGACUUCACUGUUUCGAAUUUUAAGAAGGUUAUUUCUAUCUUGAACCGGACUGGUCAUGCCCGGUUUAGACGCAGUCCGGUUCAGCUUUCUGAUUCAUGUACUGCUCUUUCCCUAUCUACGUCUAUUCCGGUCAAGGAAACUCCACCACAGCCGACACCUCCGACUCCGGCAGUUGAGCUGGUGGAACACAGUCAAUUUCCGGCAUUGAAGUUUGACUUUACAAAAUCAAAGGUUGCGAAGGAUACUUUGAGUUUAUCGACGAACUCGUCGUCGUUCAUGUCGUCGAUUACCGGUGAUUGUGAAGGAAGCGUAUCAAACGGGAAGCAAUUUUCGUCAGUAAGCUUGCCGCCGCGGCCACCUGUGUCAUCCGGGAAGCCGCCACUCGCCGGAAAAAGGUGUCGCGAUCACGAUCUUUCCGAUGAAAUGUCCGGUAGGAUCUCCGGCUCCGGCAAUUGUCACUGCAAAAAGAGGAAAUAUCGUGUAAAGAAAGUGAUUAGAGUGCCGGCGGUCAGUUCAAAAAUCGCCGAUAUUCCAGCAGACGACUACUCGUGGAGAAAAUACGGUCAAAAGCCAAUCAAAGGCUCACCAUACCCACGGGGAUAUUAUAGAUGUAGCAGCGUAAGAGGAUGUCCGGCAAGAAAGCAUGUCGAGAGGGCAACCGAUGAUCCAAAAAUGGUUAUUGUGACUUACGACGGAGAGCAUCGUCAUGUAAUUCAAGGCACGAGCGCCGACGCCGGAGCUGGAAGUUCCGGCGAGAGAAUGAUGGCGUUCGAUUCAACGGAACAGAGAAAAGAAUAAAAAGCUUGGGGUUAGGGAUUUAGGGGUUCGUUUGUAAUAUUUAGGUAGUGGAAGGGGUUGAAUUAACAUUUGGAGAAGACUAAAGAGUAGAAAAUAGAGAUACUAUGUUGUGGGGUUGGGUUUUGUAUGUAAAUUUGGGGAGAUGGAGGGGCAGAAAUGGGAAAAAAGGACUUUGGGGUUGUUAAAAUUUUGACUACUUUUAUUUUAUUUAAUACGACCAUCGAGAAGGUUUACAAUUUUCAAGUUUGACUAUA